AACUCCUCCGCUCCUUUCUUCCUUUGUAGCGGAGAGACGUGCGGCUUUGAUGACCGCGGAGAUCUGAGGGCAGCGGCGUCCAUCUCGCGGGCGGGUCUCCGACGCUGCGGUGGCCGUGAGCGGCGCUUCGUUUCGGGCAGGCUGAGACCAGGACGUCGGGGCCGUUCCAGAUGGCCGGGGUUGCCGCACACCUCAUGAAUUCGAGGGUGCUGCACGAGCAGCUGUCCAUCAUCAUGGGGGCGUUGACCAAGGCGGCGGUGGUGGAGAUCUGCGAGGUGGUGGACGAAGGGUACGCGGUGCUGCACGCGGAAAUAACGAGGAGCCGCCAGGAGAACGAGGACCUGAAGAAGAAGCUGCACCUCAUCGAGUCCAUCGUGGUCCGCGGCGGCGGCGGCGGCAAGGCGGCCGAGAGCGGGACGGCCGCGGUCUCCGGCGCGGAGGCGGAGGGCGCGCAUCGCGGGCCGGACGCGCCGCCGGACACGCGUCAAGCCUCAGACGCGGGGGGGGCAGGCGCGGAUCACGGGGCGCGCGGAACCGGACGAGAGAUUCCAGAUGUGGUGUUAAUAAAGGAUGAGGACUCCGACAGUAACGGCACUUUUGAAGAAGAUAGCAAAACAUCUUCGGAUGGAGGAGCAGGCGUGGUGUUGGCCACCUCAGCCCAGAUAAGAAAGAAGAAGAGACAUUGGUCAGGGAGCGAGGAGGUGGUCUGCGUGGUGGAGACGUCCUCCGAGCAACGCCCACUGCACAGCCCAUCACUGAAACUCAACUUGGGGAACCAGAAGAAGCUGGUGUCCCAGUACACACUGGACUCUCCUCACAGCGAGCCCGGCUGCUCUGGCCAGCUGCUGGGGGAGGAGAGGGAGGCAGGGGGGUCGGUUCACUCCUACUCCUCAAAGAUGGAUCUGGAUGUCCAGGACUUCUCACUGGUCUCUCCAGCGUCAAACACAAACAGACACGUGGCUUAUUUCGGAGGUCACGGAGGAACCGACACCCUGAUUGAGGCUCCAUCUCCAACAAACAAAGGCGAGUUGGACCUCAAUUUGACAUGGACCAAACCGACAAAAAGCCAAAUGGCUUUUGCCCACUUCCACCAGAGCAAAAGUAUGGACAGCGACGCCUUUGGGCUCAAGCUGGUAAACAUUGUGGGCUCGACGAAGCCCACUGACUGCCAGCUGUCGGAGGGCAGCAACUCAACGUUGGAGUUCGAUGAGGCAGAUGUGAUGAACUUUGGCCUUUACAGGGACCCGUCCGGCCGGCCAUCGCACUGCAUCGGCCAGCCGGGCGUCAAUACCAAGGGGAAGCGUUUUGUCUGCGCUGUCUGCAGCAAGACUUACGCCACGCUGCAGAAUCUUGAAGUUCACACGCGCAUCCACACGGGGGAGCGUCCAUUCAGCUGCCCCCAGUGUGGGAAGAAAUUCACCCAGUCGGCUCACCUCAAGUCACACCUCAGCGUUCACUCCGGGGAGCGGCCGUACUCCUGCUCACUCUGCUCCAAAAGUUUCAUCGUCAAAUACAGCCUCAAGUUACACAUGAAGAAGUGUCACGCCGCCAUUUGAACGGUCUGUUGAAAACAAAUGGUUUCACUCUGCAAACACUGUUUAUUCUGUUUUUUUUUUCUCAUAUAAACAAAUUCUUUUGUUACUCAUAAUCCACCAACCACUGGUUCGUAAGAUCAAGGUGAUUUCAUGUUUGGAAGGUACAGGUUUUAAAGAAACGGCAAACUUUUGCGAAAUGUUUCAAGUUUUACUCUGUGAUCCUUUUGUAAGCAUAAGUGUUUUUUGUAAAAUAGUGGAUACCUUAUUUUGAAACUGAAAACUUUAUUAUACUAUUAUAGUAGGUUAUCAAUGACAGUACACCCUCUUCUGUUUAGAAGUGACUUAUACACUGAAAAUAUAACCUGAAAGAGUAAUGAAUAUGUAAUAAA